AGGAAGUAAACCGUGCGUGGUUGAAAUCCUCAAACAGAAGCGCGUCGCCUUCCAUUCGGCUGCAUCCGAUAAACACGCAACGUAUGUGGUGGAUCAGUAACAUUAGUUACACGACAACCGUAACGACGAAAGAGUGGGAAAAUGUCUGCAAGGACCACAGCAGCAAAGUACGUGAAAGAAAAGGACCGCUGUCGUCGACGACUGGAACAUCUUUGGCUGCAGCCUUAUGUUGUGUUGCGCAGAGCAGACAUCAGUGAAGCUAUUCGUCCUAAGCAGGAGGAGCCGGACCGCACACGCAUUAAAGACGAAGAUGUGGGCAAGGAGGUCCACCACUUCAAUGAACAAAUGGAGCAGAAGUUUCUUUGCACUAAAAAAAAAGAUGAAGAGCCGGAGCGGCCUUGUCAGAAAGAGGACGGAGAGGACUCCUGCGACAUCAAAAAGGAGGAGGAAGAUACCUGCGAGAUGCCAUUGACUGGUGUACUUGUGAAGCGUUUAGAUGAGGCUCAACGUGAGGUGAGCAAAGGGGCGGAGCCUCCAAGCUGUAGCUCAAGUCCACAUAUGACCAGAGAAGGUGAUGGAGACCACUGUGGGGAAUCACAAGCAGCUCCACCAUCAGAUAGUGAUGACGUGUCGUCACAUGUUCCUGCUGAUGAUGAUGACUCUCAAAACAAACACAGGCAAUGUUCUCACUGUGGAAUUUGUUUUGCUCAUAGCAGUAGUUUGAAACAACACAUGAGAAUGCACACAAGAAAGACAAACUUUUCCUGUUCAGAUUCUGGCAAAAAUUUCUCUCAGAGGGGACAUUUAAAUACGCACACAAGAACCCACAGUGGCGAGAAACCUUUUUCAUGCUCAGUUUGUGGCCAAAAAUUCCUCACGAGGGUUUUUUUAAACAGGCACACAAGAAUCCACACUGGUGAAAAACCUUUCCCAUGCUCAGUUUGUGGCCAAAUAUUCUCUCAGAGGGGACAUUUAAAUAUGCACACAAGAAUCCACACUGGCGAGAAACCUUUUUCAUGCUCAGUUUGUGGCCAAAAGUUCUCUCAGAGGGGAUAUUUAAACACGCACACAUUAACCCACACUGGCGAGAAACCUUUUUCAUGCUCAGUUUGUGGGCAAAAGUUCUCUCAGCGGGGAAGUUUAAAUACGCACACAAGAAUCCACACUGGCGAGAAACCUUUUUCAUGCUCAGUUUGUGGCCAAAAGUUCUCUCGGAGGGGAACUUUAAAUAUGCACACAAGAAUCCACACUGGCGAGAAACCUUUUUCAUGCUCAGUUUGUGGCCAAAAAUUCUCUCAGAGGGGAACUUUAAAUAUGCACACAAGAAUCCACACUGGCGAGCAACCUUUUUCAUGCUCAGUUUGUGGGCAAAUAUUCUCUCAAAGGGGACGUUUAAAUACGCACACAAGAAUCCACACUGGCGAGAAACCUUUUUCAUGCUCGGUUUGUGGCCAAAAGUUCUCUCAAAGGGGAAGUUUAAAUACGCACACAAGAAUCCACACUGGCGAGAAACCUUUUUCAUGCUCAGUUUGUGGCCAGAAAUUCUCUCAGAGGGAACAUUUAAAUAUCCACACAAGAACCCACACUGGCGAGAAACCUUUUUCAUGCUCAGUUUGUGGCCAAAAGUUCUCUCAGAAGGGAAGUUUAAACACGCACACAUUAACCCACACUGGCGAGAAACCUUUUUCAUGCUCAGUUUGUGGCCAAAAGUUCUCUCACAGGGGAAGUUUAAAUAUGCACACAAGAAUCCACACUGGCGAGAAACCUUUUUCAUGCUCAGUUUGUGGCCAAAAAUUCUCUCAGAGGGGAACUUUAAAUAUGCACACAAGAAUCCACACUGGCGAGAAACCUUUUACAUGCUCACUCUGUGGCCAAAAAUUCCACACGGGGGGGCAUUUAAAUACGCACACAAGAAUCCACACUGGCGAGAAACCUUUUUCAUGCUCAGUUUGUGGGCAAAAGUUCUCUCAGGGGGGAGGUUUAAAAAUUCAUACAAGAAUCCACACUGGCGAGAAACCUUUUUCAUGCUCAGUUUGUGGCCAGAAAUUCUCUCGGAGAGGAAGUUUAAAUAGGCACACAAGAAUCCACACUGAUGAGAAACCUUUUUCAUGCUCAGUUUGUGGCCAAAGGUUCUCUCGGAGGCGAAAUUUAAAUAUGCACACAAGAACCCACACUGGCGAGAAACCUUUUUCAUGCUCAGUUUGUGGCCAGAAAUUCUCUCAUAGGGUAAAUUUAAACAGGCACACAAGAAUCCACACUGGUGAGAAACCUUUUUCAUGCUCAGUUUGUGGCCGAAAGUUCUCCUGUAGGCAAAGUUUAAAUAUACACACAAGAAUCCACACUGGUGAGAAACCUUUUUCAUGCUCAGUUUGUGGCCAACAAUUCUCUAUAAAGGGAAACUUAGACAGUCAUACAAGAAUCCACACUGGCGAGAAACCUUUUUCAUGCUCAGUUUGUGGCCAAAUGUUCUCUCAGAGGGGAAAUUUAAACACGCACACAAGAAUCCACACUGCCGAGAAACCUUUUUUGUGAUCAGUUUGUGGCCAACAAUUCUCUAUAAAGGGAAACUUAAACAGUCAUACAAGAAUCCACACUGGCGAGAAAGCUUUUUAAUGCUCAGUUCGGCCAAACAGUCUCUCAGUGUUAAACUUAAUCAGGCACGCAGGAGCCCACACUGGAGAGAAACUUUUUGCCUGCCCAGUCAGUUGCCAAAGAGUCUUUAUUAAGAAUUCUGAGUGUUUUGGAGAGAUGAGCAAUGAUCCAUGGAGUUCUCACCUUCUAUUUGAGCAGACUUUAUGAGUUAAUGCAUCAGUGAUCGUUCUAUUCUAGUAUGCACCUUUUGAUUGAGAUGCUGAACUCCUUUAAGUUCAAUUCAUUUUAGUUUUACCUAUGAAUUUGAAAAUAAAAUUAACCGGCCUCGGGAUGAUAAUAGUUUUGUAUUUCAUGAUACUUGAAGUUUGUUUUGUUUUUAGUUGUGUGUUCAUAUUUAGGGCAAGUUGCUUGGUUCUUAUUAGUGUUGGUUCAGGAUUUUGUUUUCUUCAGCUUUUCAUGUUCAUGCCUGGAAAGCGGACUUUAAACCGAUGAUGAUGUGGAUAAGAAAAGUGAAAUAGUGUUGGAUAUCCCCCAUUUUUCUUCAACAGUCUUUUUUGUUACUUUACCUUACUAAUAACAUGUUAAAAUGUACUCGAGAUGUAUUAAGACAUUUCAUUAAAGAGUGUUUUACCUCACAGUA